AUGAGUGAACCAAGAGCGUCACACAUGAAAGCUGCAAGAAGAAUUCUAAGAUACUUAAAAGGAUCGAUAGACUAUGGAAUUCUAUUUCGAAGAGACUCUGAAGACAGAGAAGCAACAAUUACUUGUUAUUCAGAUGCUGAUUGGGGUGGAGAUGAGGAAGAUCGAAGAAGCACAACUGGAUAUUUCUUUCAAGUCUUUGGUGCCCCAAUCUCAUGGUGCUCAAAAAAGCAACAUGUGAUGGAAUUAUCAUCGCGUGAAGCUGAAUAUAUAGCAGGAUCCUAUGCUACAUGUCAAGCAAUUUGGAUCAGACCUGUACUUGAAGAAAUAGAGGUCGAAGUGAAGAAACCUUUUAUGUUGCAAAUCGGAUACAAGUCAGCAAUAAAUCUGGCAAAGAAUCCAGUUCUGCAUGGAAGGAGUAAGCAUAUCGAAGCUAGAGUUCACUUCUUGAUGAAGAAGGAAUCUUAA